GACAGUUCUUGACAUUUCACAAAAUGUUAUGACUUGCGGCACGGCAUUCUUUACUUAAAUAAAUAAUAAAUGCGAUUUUAAACACAAAUCAAAGAGAAAUGACCGUGUAGUCAGUAAAAUCGAAUACUUUUCACCGACCAAUGACAUCAUCUCUUUGAAAAUGUUGUGCGAUCAAGGAAAACUGAGCUUGAAAUGUUUCCUGGGAACAGCUGCACUCGUAUUUACCCUGACCACAUCUCAAAACAUAUUCGGCUUUACACCGGACAACAUAUGGGGCGCGUCGCUCUGGGGUCCAGUAUUUUAUUUCGUAAUAAUUUGCAUUUCCCUUCGACUGUUUCUCAACGAUGAAAAGUAUCAGUAUGCCAUACGAGCGACCUUUUUAGGAUUCACCUUCUCAUCCAGCAUAUUACUGGCAGUUCUAUCACCGCUAAAAUGGAAACCAUUUGGUGUUUACGGGACAAUCAUGUCGAUAUUCCAUUAUUCGGAAUUUUUGGCCAUUGCCUGGUCGAAUCCGAGUUCGUUGUCAACCAGUUCGUUCAUACUGAACCAUUCACUUCACUAUGCCUUAGCUGCGGUUGCCAGUUGGAUUGAAUUUCUUGUCGAAGUGAAUUUCUGGCCGGAAAUUAAGGAAUACUGGUCGAUCACAGUCAUCGGUGCUUUGCUCUGUCUGGGUGGCGAAUUGCUGCGGAAAUUAGCCAUCGUAACAGCGAACACCAAUUUCAAUCAUAUUGUUCAAUUUGAAAAGAGCAACGAUCACAAACUAGUCAAACAUGGUGUAUACGGUCUGGUUCGACACCCGUCAUAUGUCGGAUGGUUCUGGUGGUCCAUCGGAACUCAGAUUGUGCUGGCGAAUCCGAUAUGUAUCGUCUUGUACGCCCUUGCCAGUUGGAAGUUCUUUAACGACAGGGUUUAUGUGGAAGAGAUAACUUUGUUGAAUUUUUUCGGUGAGGAGUACUACAAUUAUCAAAAAGAUGUGCCAACAGGACUGCCAUUCAUCAAUGGCUAUUUAUUGGAUAAGAUCCCGUUCACAUAACUAAUCGUAGCGACCUAGAUUUAUAGAAAAAUGAAAUUUUAUUGAUUAAACGCACCCGUGUACGUACGUAGCCAACAUCAAUC